CACGUUGACAGGAAGCGUGGCGCGGCUCGCUUUUGGCUCUGCUUAAUAGUUUUGUCGUGGAUGUAAUGAGUGACCAUUUAAAGAAGUGACAAUGCCCACACAGAGUCUGCCUGUCCGGGAUGCGUCCUUACAUUUCCGCCUGCUACAGCAGUAUCUGGUCCUCCUGAAAAAAUAUCCAAUCCUUACUAAAUCUGUAACCAGUGGCAUUCUUACAGCUUUAGGAAAUCUGUUGUCUCAGAUUGUGGAGGCAAGAAAAAAGGCUAAAAGUGGAGCUCAGGUCAAUGAGAUUGAUGUUGCUGGAGCCACACGCUAUGCCAUUUUUGGGUUGUUUAUCACAGGACCAGUGAGCCACUUCUUUUACCAGCUGAUGGAAAUAUGGAUGCCCACCACAGACCCAUUCUGUGUAGUCAAACGCCUCUUACUGGAUAGACUUAUUUUUGCCCCUGGCUUUCUGCUCCUCUUUUACUUUGUUAUGAACAUCCUGGAGGCUAAAGGGUGGAAUGAUUUUGAGAAGAAGAUGAGACAAAGUUACUGGACAGCUCUGAAGAUGAACUGGAAAGUCUGGACCCCUUUUCAGUUCAUAAAUGUCAACUUUGUGCCUGUUCAGUUUCGAGUGCUGUUUGCCAACAUCAUCGCCUUGUUUUGGUAUGCCUAUCUUGCAACUGUUAGAAAAUGAUGCUUCCUGAGACGUCUUCACGGAUGGCUUUGACCAAGGACUGAGAAAAUACAACCAGCUUCCUGAUAUGGUCCAUUUCCUAUGCAGUUGUUAUGAUUAACUUUUUACAACGUCAAACAAGUUUAAGCCAUUUUAACAUGCUGCUAAAACACUUUAGAUGUGUGACUGCAUUUAUAGUGACAAAAAGAACAGAAGUUGUUUUUACACAAGUCUGCCAGGCUAUUAAACAUACUGGAAUCAUG